ACAUAAUUUACAUACUUUUCAUUGUGAAAAACUGAUACAAUUUUAAAAUUAGGUGAAGUUUUUUGUUUCUAAAAAUGAGCCGAGGACCCAGCAUCUAAUUUAGUAAUUUAUUUUAGUUGCUUUUUCGUUUGUCACUGAACGUAAUUACCAUCUGAAACAUUAUUGUCAAAGUAAUGUUGUGAUGUCAAAGUAAAGGAAAUUUACGUUAAUCUAAAGGGGAAAUUUCUUGGGGAAACGAAAUUCAAGUACAUGUGGUAAAAUGGAACUUAUAUCUUCACCCAAUCCUCAUUUUAUUCCCGGGUACACUGGAUUUUGCCCCCAAUAUAAAUACCGUAUUGGGAAUACGUAUGGGACUACGACGCACAAAGUACUUUUAGAUCCAACGGUACACCAUGCGGAGAAACUUGUAUUAUCUGAUAGGAGCGCAGAUGAUUAUAAAACAUUUCGUCCAUCAGUCCGGGACAUUGAUAUCGUUAACGAAAGACAGGGAGACACAAUUUACAGACAUCCUAUGGUUCCCGGAUAUGAAGGAUUUGUUCCAAGGGAGCAUGCCGAAUUCGGCCAACGAUAUACUGUUCAAGCGACAGAAGCAUUAUCAGAUUUCGAGAGACUUCAGAAUGAAAAUAAAGCAGCUAUGAAUGAAAUUAUUAAAAUUGGGUUUCUUCAGGACAAUAAAUGGGAUCCAAAGACAUUGGAAGAUAAAGAGUUAACACAAAGUGAGUUCAAGCUACCAUUGCUUGAAGUUCGACCAGAAUGCGGGGGUUUGUUAAGAAAUGUUCCCGUGACCGAACCACCGUUGACUCCUCCAACUAACUCAGUCAGUCCAUAUUUUUCUGAUAACAUUGAUCCAGAAAAGUACUUGAAAUCAGGAUUUACCGGACAUGUUCCAUUUGGUUUCGCAUCUUUUGGAAAAACUAACGAGGCAAUGACGAAUAGUAAUCUUUGCGACUUUACAUCCAAUUACCGGAAGAGAUUGAGCAAUGAAUGGGCACCUGUCGAAAUAGAUAGACCAGAUCCUCCGGUCUUGAUGCAGCCAGCCGAUAUAUAUCAUAAGCAUAUGGGCCAAUUACCCAAUUAUGGUGGACACAUACCAGGAGCAAUAUUUAGAUAUGGAAAAACCUAUGGCAAUGAUUCUCGAGAUGCAAAAAGAUGGCUCAGAGGUGAUUUCAGUAACUAAAACUUUUAAAAAUACUAAAUUUUAUGCCAUUUUUUUCUUGUAUACGUUAUGUAAUAUGCUUGCGAAUAUUGAUCGAAAUAAUCUUAUGGGGCAAAAUUUUUCAUGAAAUACAUAUAUUGAACUUGUUA